CCUUCAACUGACAGCCAUUAGGACAAAAAGUGGGCCGCAUUCGCUCCUCUGAGAACCCGAACACAUUUCGGUGGAAGGCGUGCUGAGCAGGCUCACACCCAGUUCCCGACUGGAUCCUACUUAGAUCGGGGACUAGCGCGCUUAUCUUAACGGCAAGAAAGCACCCGUGGGCGGCUGCAGCGGAGCUCUGUGGGGAGGGAGUAAAGCACACCAGCCGGAAGUGUCUUCCCGAGGCGUCGCACCCGGAAGUGUGGCAAGUCCCCGCUGCACCCGGAAGUGUGAACCUGCAGCCGCUCGGGGGAAGUAAUGGUAUCCGGCCAAUUAAGAUAAGGGGGAUAAAACAGGGAUGUGCAGAUGGAGGCCGGAGGAGAGGCUGCUGCCCCAGCCGCCGCCGAGGGCGCGGAGGACUUGGAGGACUCGCGGUUCUCCAGUGCGGAAACUGGAGACGGUGAAGGGGUUCACGCAGGCCCUCCAGAUUCGGAUUCAGGAGAUGGGGGCCUGGAGGAACCGGGAUCUAAGCCUGAUGACCAGCCACCCAGCCUGUCACCAGAGGCCCCAUCUAGCACCUGUCAGCCUGAGGAUCCUGCAGCCCCUGACAGUGGUCCCACAGAUAGCCCUGAGAGUAGCUCCGGGAACCAAGGUGGGGACCCGAGUGAUGAGGACUGGCGUAGCCAGAGGAAGCAUGUGUUUGUGCUGAGCGAGGCAGGCAAGCCCAUCUACUCACGGUAUGGUAGUGUGGAGGCUCUAUCAGCUACCAUGGGUGUGAUGACAGCCCUUGUGUCCUUCGUGCAGAGUGCAGGAGAUGCCAUCCGGGCCAUCUAUGCUGAGGACCACAAGCUGGUGUUCCUGCAGCAGGGCCCCCUCCUGCUGGUGGCUGUGUCGCGGACUCCUCAGUCAGCAGCGCAGCUGCGUGGUGAGCUGCUAGCCGUGCACGCACAGAUUGUAAGCACGUUGACACGUGCAAGCGUGGCUCGCAUCUUUGCACACAAGCAGAACUAUGAUCUCCGUCGCCUGCUGGCUGGCUCUGAGCGCACACUGGACCGGCUACUGGACAAUGUGGAGCAGGACCCGGGUGCCCUGCUCCUAGGUGCUGUUCGCUGCGUGCCCCUUGCCCGUCCACUGCGGGAAGCACUGGGUGCAUUGCUCCGACGCUGUACAGCACCUGGUCUGGCCCUGUCAGUGCUGGCGAUUGGUGGUCGACUGGUAACAGUGGCUCAGGAGCGGAAUGUGCUGGCCGAGUGCCGGCUGGACCCAGCCGAUCUGCAACUACUGCUUGACUGGGUGGGUGCCCCAGCCUUUGCAGCAGGUGAGGCAUGGGCACCUGUGUGCCUGCCUCGCUUCAACCCAGACGGUUUCUUCUAUGCCUACGUGGCCCGCUUGGACGCCAUGCCUGUCUGCCUGCUGCUGCUUGGCACCCAGCGAGAAGCAUUCCAUGCCAUGGCUGCCUGCCGGCGCCUGGUCGAAGACGGGAUGCGUGCUCUUGGUGCCAUGCGUGCCCUUGGGGAUGCUGCUAGCUGCUCUAAUGCGCCAUCAGCCAACGUCCCCGCCUACAGUGUGCAGGCCGUGGGGGCACCCGGCCUCCGGCACUUUCUCUACAAGCCACUGGAUAUCCCUGACCACCACCGCCAGCUGCCCCAGUUUACCAGCCCCGAGCUAGAGGCCCCGUACAGUGGAGAGGAGGAGCGGCAGAGGCUAUCCGACCUGUACCACCGCCUGCACGCUCGCCUGCACAGCACGUCCCGACCUCUGCGCCUCAUUUACCAUGUGGCUGAGAAGGAGACGCUGCUGGCUUGGGUGACCUCCAAAUUUGAACUCUAUACUUGCCUCAGCCCCUUGGUGACCAAGGCUGGUGCCAUCUUAGUCGUGACCAAACUCCUGCGCUGGGUGAGGAAAGAGGAGGACCGGCUCUUCAUUCGUUACCCACCCAAGUACUCUACACCCCCAGCCACCUCUGCAGACCAAGCUCCCCAUAAUGGUUUGUUCACAGGACUCUGAGAGGUGGAGCUACAGGACCCGGCAAUGCUGGCAGUGACUCCUCUAGCUUUCACCUUCUGUCUCCAUCCUGGAAAUGUGGGUGGUGGUGUGUCUGUGGCUGGUCCCUGGACAAUGGGACAAAGUUUGAGGGCCUGCUCACAAAUGGGAGGUGGGUGGCCGCCACCAGGUGGGCAGGCUGCUCUCCCAGCCACUGAGUGCACCUUCACCUCUGGGAAUCCCUAGGCCCCUCUUUCAGCUCUCUCUGCCUUAUCUCUUCUUCGAUGAUGUUCUAGCCUGUUGGGGUGGCUCCUCCAAACCCGCUUCAGGGGUCUGCCUCCUAGAUGGGAUCUCAGCCCUGAGUGUCCAGGGCUGGUCAGGAUCUCUGAGGUGACCCACAGGAACUCUGGAACUGGGAAUGCAGGGCCAGACUGCCUGGAACCAACCUGGGGGUCAUUUUUAAGGAGGAUAAAACUAAACAAAACUGUACAUAAAAGGCCUAAAACCAAACCCCACAGAAUAUUCCUUUGCCCUCCAUGUACUUAUGUUCAUCAUUAUCCUGACAAAAGUCAUCCCACUGAUGUUGGCUGCAGCCUAAUGAGAAGGUGGCCUCCAGAGUCUACCUACGUGACUUAGGGCACGGACCACUGACUUCUCCACACCGUGGCAGAGGCAGAUUGAUACCUAGGAGUUGCACUUAGCAUCCAAGGCUCUUUUCACUCAUCUGUGAAACAUAUAAUUAACCUCCACUCAGGCUGUUUAAUGACAAUUUGUCAACACAAGGGACUUGAACUCCUGUACCACCACACAACACAUGCACAUUUAUCCCAGAUUUUGACAACAUACAAAAACCUAGAGACAGAGAGACCUCCCUAGAGGUGUGUGUGUGUGUUUGUCCACAACCUUCACUGGCCAACUGGCCGAUAUCUAGUUCGGGGCAUUUGUCUAAACUGGCGUUAGGGCCUCCUAGUUAUGCACAUGCGUGCUGGCAAUCAGCGGUACCAGGGGUUCAGGCUAGCUUAGAACAGACGCCUGGCCCCGCCCUGAUCAACUGGAGGCAACGUGCGGCGCAUGCGCACUGUAGAGCCUUGCAUUCCCACGUGGUUGGUUUUUUGUUUUUUUUCUUUUUUUUUUUUCAACCAAUCAUCUUCCGAGGCUCUCUCUUGCACCCUGAGGUAGAAAAUGGCGGGGAUGUUGGAGCAUCCGAACGUGGAGUCGCCGUCGCCGAAAUCCAUGGAGGAGGCAGAGCAGGCUGAAGGUAGUGAAGGCCAGUGUCUACAUCUCUCUCCUGACCCGGGCAGAAAGGAGGAAGGAUUCAGCCCGUUACAGUAAUAAAAUAAUGAUAGUAGUAGUGAUUUACUUUUUAAUAAAAUGUUAAACCUUUUUAUUAUUCAAAGGAAAAAAAAAAAAAAACCACUUUUAACCACUUAAUACAAUGGCGGUAAAUAACGUUCUCAUCGACCAGGUUAACAGUAGUCAGUUUUACUCUCGAGCAUGUUGCUUAGAUCUUUCCUGAUGAACAGUAAGAAAUUCAGUAUGGCUCGAAGGGGGACAUAGAAAUCGCCCUGCUGCCGCCACCCUAUAGAAAUUCACCAUAAUUCCCAGUAUCAUUUCAUGUCUAGUACGUAUCCCCCACCCCCACCCCCCUUGCAUGGACUCACUUUUAAAUCUGAAGGGUCAACAGCCUUCUCCACGGGCUAUUUCUCCAGGACAUUUUUCUGGUCGAAUAAUGAGGCCUCACCUCCUAGAAGGGGGAGGGGGAAAUUCAGCCUAGAGACUGUUGGCAAUUACACGCCAGCCCAAAGGAAGAAAUACCUCUCCCAAGGCAAUAAUGCAGCCAUAUUAGUCUUUUUUUAAUUACAGAAAUUUUCAGAACGUACCAAAGUAGAGAAAAUACAAUGAGGAGUGCCCAUCAUUCUGCUUUAACGUCAACUUUCUCUUUCACUCCCUUCCCUGCAUUCCUCAAACUAGUCUAUUAAUGAACAAGUUAGUUGCAUCCUACUACACCUACGUAUGCAGACAUCAAAAUCAUGAUUAUUCACUUACUGUCUGUUCUAGGAUAUGAGCUCCAUGGGAACAGAGACUGUCGACUGCUGUUUUCUUGGCAUCUAAGACAAUGCCUGCUUGGCAUAUAGUAGGCGUUCAGUGAUUUUUUAAAUGCCUGAAUAAUGAAAUAACUUUAACACAGAGCACUCUUAAAUUAGAGCCACGUGCUAAGUGGUAGCUUUCAACCAAGGACAGAUGGAAAUAGGACAAAUGUACAUCUGUUUAUUAAGCUUUGAAUAUAAUGAUUAAAAAUAACUUUUAAUAUUAACCUUUCAGAUUCUUUGAAAUUAAAGUUACUAUUAACUUCACCCGCAAGAGAGUACAUUGAAAAAAUUGUCAAGUUAUCGUUUGUAACUCAUCAAACUGACCUUAUAAUGUCCAGCAUUGAUGACCCUGUAGGUAUUCUUGCCUCACUAGGAGAAUACACUGUAAAGGCUUUGUUAGAUGCAGUUUGGCAGAAUAGUUUUAGCGUUUGGAAAACGAUUUCACAUCUGUAGUCACCGUGCUAGGAAAUGAGACUACUCGGAGGUAUGGACUGGAAACAGUCACUGGUGUAUUGGCAAGGGUGACAAAACAUAAGGAGCAGCCACAGACACGGCUGAUCCAGGUGUAUCAGUGUGCUCUGCAGAAUGCCUGUGUGGCUGAUUUCAGAGAAGAGUGAUUAAAACUAAGUUCCAAUUUAAGUUAAUUAGAUCAUUAUAAAUGGAUAAGAUCACUUUGCAUCGACAUAGAUUGGACUCUAAUAAAGGUCAUAUUUUUAUUAGAGGAAAGCGCACUGGGGUUGAGUAAAAUGUGGAGGGUGAUAGCCAGCGCUGUGUGUGUUGCACAGAAAAGUGAUUGAAGUCUGAAGGCCUAACUGAUCUUUGGACAAGGGACUUGGAUUUAGAGGGUGGUGCAAAGCUGGAGGCAUUUUUGUGUUUUGUUGUUUUCUUUUAGAAAAAAAUGGAAUUAGUGAUACAUAAUUUAAAAUGUAAGGGGAAGAGAGGAAAUUUUUAAAAGCAUCUGAGGAUCGUUUAUUAAUAUUGUAUCAGUGUUUAUGCUGAUGGUUAUUCUGUGGUUACCUGGCAGGUUCUCUGUAAAUAAGAAUACACUGGAAUAUGAAGGAAUAGUGGGCCCUGAUAUCUGCAAUAAUGGUUCAGAAGUGCUCACAAGUGGAGAAUCUGAGAGAAGGGUACAUGGGACCACUGUGGCUUAUUUCUAUGACAUCUGUGUACAUUUGAAAUUACUUCAAAAUAAAAUGUUUAAAUAGGG